UGUAAAGCGAGAAACUGUAAGACAUGUGGAGGAUACUCGUUCGAAAAUUCACGGGCCUCCUCCUUGUGGUAACUGCGGCGGUGUUUCUUGUGGUCGGCUUGCAGGAGCCUCGGCCCGGCCCUCGGCCCAAGGCCCACUUCUCUUCACAGCGACCUCGGAACGCGACCGUGGGACCCAGGUCGCCAACACAUACGAACCGAUCCAAGAUGACGACAGAUUUUAACGGAAAGUGGAAACUGGUGGACUCGGACAACUUUGAUGCUUAUUUACAAGCCGUGGGGGUUAACUUCAUGAUCCGUCAGCUGGCGAAAGCGGCGACUCCCCGGCAGGAGGUCCAGCAGAACGGGGACAACUUCGUCAUCACGAGCAGCGGACUGCAGACCAAAGUCACCACCUUCACUAUCGGGGAGGAGUUCGAGGAUGACUCACCAAUUGGGAAAGUCAAGGUUAUAAUUUCCAAGCUAGCAACCAAGAUGGCCUUCACCGGAAACUGGAAGCACGUCGAGUCGGAGAACUUCGAGGACUAUCUGAAGGCCCUUGGCGUAGGCUUUGCGAUGCGUAAGAUCGCAGUAAACACCAGCCCUCGGAUAGAAAUCCAACAAGAUGGUGACAACUUCAAGAUCAAGACCGUCGGCCCCAAGACCAGGGAGGUCAGCUUUAAGGUCGGGGAGAACUUCGAAGACGAAAUGCCGUUGGGCAAAGUCAAGGUGACUCCGACUUGGGAUGGAGACAAGCUGCAUUUCGACGUUGACUCGCCCAAGGGCAAACUGGUGACCGAACGAGAGAUCCGAGAUGACGGGCGAAUGUACAUGGUGAUGACCGCACCGGACGGGACCAAGUGCACCAGGAUCUUCGCCAAGGAGUAACCAUGGCAACCUGUCACCAUGGCAACCUGUCACUAUGGCAACCGGUGGCCGGGGCAACUGGCCAUAUGGCAUCUGCAACAUACUUUUGUUUAUAAAAAAACAUCUCAUGCAUUACAUGCAACAAAAUUAACGUAGAUUAGGGUCAUACAAAAGUUAAUAAACCUGUAAAUUUCUUUCAGUACAAAGCUGUCUUUUUUCUUUAAUCCGUGUUUUUUAAAGUGGCAUGUACAUGUUGAAAGUCCAUCGUACGUCAACUUUAUGCCCAAACUUAACUGCAAUAAGAUGCCCAUAUAAGGCAAUGUCAAAAGUAUGAAGUUUUGCUUGGACUUAAGACCAUGAUGUCAUUGUUUGUCAAAAGCACUCAUUCUGUAUGUCAACGGCCGAGAGGUCGACGAAAAAGAUAAGAAUUCCACGAAAUUCUUACAUUUCCUGUUCCGGGAAAGCAUGAUACACGUUGGAACAACAGCACAAGGAUCCUGCCUUGUUAACGUUCGAUAGAAUAUGGCGUCUCCAUGGCAACGGCCGCCAUGUUGGUUAGGUGACCUCAAAGUCAUUGGACGUGACCAUGUGUUGCCAAUGUUGUGUAAAAAUAGAAAUAGACCUGCAACAGAACUAGCGAUGGCGUUUUCUAAGAUUUAGUUAUGUUUUCUAAAUUAUAUUCAU